CGUUGUUUGAAUGUCUUUAUAGUAAAUUGAUAUCUCAAAAUAAGAUGGUUGUUUGGUUCAGCCUGCUGCCAAUUAUUUGCUUUUCUGAACCAGUUUUUUGGUGUCUUUCAAAUGAUUGCGUUAUUCGCAAUAGUACUGGAGAGAUAUUUGCUUGCAAAAUGUUAUAGGCGAGAAAGAACUGUCCACUUUAGGUAUUAUUGGACACUUAUUGGAGGAUGUUGGAUGGUAGCAGUAUUCUUUGCUAUCCCUCCAUUAUUUGGCUAUGGACUUUAUUCCUGUGACGCAACAGGUACAGUUUGUACCUUCUUAUGGCCUUCACUUAAUUCUGGUGCGAAACAAUUGGGGUUCAGUGUACCUUACGUCAUCGUAUGUGGAGUUUUGCCUAUUGUUGGAAUAUUUUAUUACAUGGGAAAAGCAAUUCGCUUAGAGAAAAUUUAUUAUAGGAACGAACAACAAAGAGAGGAACGACGUCUCACAAAGUGUAUUCACAUCAUAUGUGUAACGACAUUGGCUUUAUGGAUCCCGGCUGCUAUACUGGCAGGUUGGCAAUGGCUUCCGUUACUGAUGUUCGGAUACCGCCCACAUGUACCUCAAGUGCUAGCAGUAAUAGCGCCUGUAGCUACAGAGGCGGCUACAAGUGUCCCUGUCUUAUGUUACCUCAGUGCUGACGAAAGGGUACGAGCGUCGUUAUUAGGCCGUAUGCGAAAACAAUACGCAUUGUUGCAUCCAGAGCGUGCCAAGCUAUACAAAAGGAGUUUAUAUUAAAACUGUGGAUCUGUGAUACUAGAAACCAUGAAUACAAUGAACGUUCCGGGACAACCGGAGUACGUCCAGUCCAAGCUGUGUAGGCUGGCGGGAACUUUAUGGCUAUGAAUAAAGCGAGUUUUGAGGAUAGCGCCAAGUGGAUGCCGAGAAAUGGAGUAACCUUCAAAUAUUGCUUAAAUAAAACAAUUUUCUUUGUAA